GACCCCAUUUACAGGUAUUGCUGACUUUUCAUCAAUGAAGAACAGAAUCAUUCAGCUCUGCUUGGAUCUCACUACUACUGUUCAGAAGGACUGCACUGUGGCUGACAUGGAAGAUAAAGUUCAGACUGUAGCCAAGACUUUAAAUGGCAUUUGUGAUAAAGCCAUCCAGUCAACUACAGAUCCAUUGAUGAGCCAGUGUGCAUGCCUGGAGGAGGUUCAUUUAACCAACAUUAAACCUGGGGAAGGCCUGGGAAUGUACAUCAAAUCAACUUAUGAUGGAUUACAUGUAAUUACUGGAACUACAGAAAAUUCCCCUGCUGAUCGAUCUCAGAAGAUUCAUGCUGGCGAUGAAGUGAUCCAGGUUAAUCGGCAAACUGUGGUUGGAUGGCAACUAAAAAAUCUGGUGGCAAAGUUGCGAGAGAAUCCUGCUGGGGUUAGGCUGCUGCUAAAGAAACGUCCUACUGGCUCUUUCCAUUUCACUCCUGCUCCGUUAAAGAACCUGCGUUGGAAACCACCCUUGGUGCAGACCAGUCCUCUGCCAGUCACCAGUCCUUCUACCCAGUCACAAGAAAGCACUGUGGAUACCUCACUGAAAAAAGAGAAGCCAGCCAUUUUGGAUCUGUACAUACCACCUCCACCAGCUGUUCCAUAUUCUCCUCGAGAUGAAAAGGGGAGUUUUGUAUAUGGAGGAGGCAACAAACCUAGUCAGCCACUACCUGGGUCCAAGGGCGCUGAGUCCCCCAAUUCUUUUCUGGAUCAGGAGAGUCGAAGGCGAAGGUUUACUAUUGCCGAUUCAAAUCAGUUGCCUGUGUAUCCUGUUGAAGCAAAUAUUCUACCAGCCAAGAUGAGGGAAAAAACACAAUCCUAUGGAAAACCUCGUCCUCUGUCAAUGCCUGCUGAUGGGAGCUGGAUAGGAGCUGCAGAACCCUUCUCUAGGCCACGAGCACCAGGGAGAAAAGGCAAGGUUUUCACUUUGAAACCAUUCAUGGAAACUGAUGGCAACGCUCUUGUUCCCUUGCGUCAGAAGACAAAAAAGAAAAGUCAAGGGUUCUUUAUAAUGAGCCGACGGAGGAUAUCGUGUAAAGAGCUGGGGCAAGCCGAUUGCCAAGGAUGGCUCUACAAAAAGAAGGAAAAAGGAGCUUUCAUUGGCAACAAAUGGAAAAAGUUCUGGUGUGUGCUGAAGGAGUCAUCGCUGUAUUGGUACAGCAGUCAGCUGGCUGAAAAAGCAGAAGGAUUUAUCAGACUUCCGGACUUUAGUGUGGACCGAGCAAUUGAAUGCAAAAAAAAGCAUGCUAUUAAGAUCAGCCACCCACAGAUCAAGACAUUUUAUUUUGCGGCAGAAAAUGUUCUGGAAAUGAACACGUGGCUAAGUAAGCUGGGAAUGGCUGUAGACCCUCAGGCACCCAACGGGAAGAAUGAGGAAGAAUGCUACAGUGAAAGUGAACAUGAUGAUCCCGAAAUAACAGACACACCACCUCCCCCUUACACAGUCCAGCCAACACCUCCUCCUUUGGAUCAGCAGAAGUCUUCUUUCACCUCAAUGCUAUCAAAUGAAGCAUCUUGUUCCCUCUCCUCUCCUGAAAGCACUUUCAACUCCCAAGACUCAUCUUCUUCCUUGACGUCCAAAGUGGUUUAUUCUGAGAGGCAGUCCUGGCUUGACCUAGUUAACAGCUCUGCCACAGAAGACGUUGAUCAGCCUUUAACUUUCUGCGUACAGAUUCACCCUGAUGAACUGCCAGAAGCAGACUGUGGAGAAGUGGCAGAAAGCCAGGAAGCUGGGCUUUCCAAACCCACUGGUGGAUCCCCAAACUCUUUUUUAGGUCCGGAUACACAUUGUCUAGCUGUGCCAGAUGCAACAGGACAGAGAUCACUAGCCAAAGAUCAGGAAAAAUGUGAAAAUGAUGAGAUGGAGCGACUUUACAAGUCAUUAGAACAAGCAAGCCUGUCUCCCAUUGGUGAUCGUCGGCUGUCAACAAAGAAGGAGCUUCGGAAGUCAUUUAUCAAGCGCAGCAAAAACCCCUCUAUUAAUGAAAAACUCCACAAAAUUCGAAUGUUGAACAGCACAUUAAAGUGUAAGGAGCAUGACCUGGCCACAAUUAACCAGUUGCUAGAGGACCCAAAGUUGACGGCAAUGAAGUACAGAGAGUGGAGGAACACAAACAUCAUGCUGAUCCAAGAUAUCUAUCAGCAGCAGGAGGCCCAGGAUGUAUCCACCGAGAAUAGUGAGGAGCAAGACAUGACUCCACAGCCUAUCGCUGAAAGUGCUAUCUGA